AUGGGAGUUACUGGAUUGCUCCCAUUACUAAAAGAUAUACAAGAACCAUGUACUUUAGAACGGUACCGUGGUAAAACUUUAGCCAUUGAUGGUUUUGGCUGGAUGCACAGAGCACUAAUUUCAUGUUCUCAAGAUUUAUGUCAAAAUAGACCCACUAGACGGUAUAUCACUGCUGUAACUAAUAAGCUACAGAUGCUCCGUCACUUUGGUAUUGAGCCAUAUCUUGUGUUUGACGGUGCCCCUUUACCAACAAAGGCAGAUACUAAUAGUGAAAGACGCCAAAGACGCGAAGAAGCAAGAAGUAAAGCAGACGCGUAUGUGGCUCUGGGUAAUCCGAAAUUAGCCUGGAAGGAAUUCAUGAAGGCAGCUAGCGUUACUUUCGAGAUGGUCAAAUCAGUAAUGGUGGAAUUGGAUGCCUUAGGUAUCAAGUACGUGGUUGCGCCUUAUGAAGCGGAUCCCCAAAUGGUGUACAUGGAAAAAAUUGGGCUUGUGGACGGUAUUCUUUCUGAAGAUUCCGAUCUCUUGGUAUUUGGGUGCCGUGUUCUCAUAACAAAGUUAAAAGAUAAUGGUACUUGUGUUGAAAUCAAUAGAGACAAUUUUUCCAAAGUGAAAGCAACCCCAUUUCUUCGAACUAUUUCUCAGGAACAUUUACGUUUUGUUGCAAUGAUAGCUGGUUGUGACUAUACUAAAGGUUUGGUCAAUGUGGGCAUGAAAAAAGCCAUUAACUUCAUUAGUAAAUACAACCAAUUGGACAAGACUCUUUUGGCAUUACAGACUGAAGGGAAUAUUCGUAUUCCACCUGAGUUUUCUGAUGAAUUAGCAAAGGCUGAUCUUGCUUUCAAAUAUCAAAAGGUUUUUGAUCCUACAAUUCAAGAGUUGACCACACUUACUGAAUAUCCUGAGAUCCUUCCUGCUUCACUUGAUAUCUUAGAAACAUGUUGCGGUCGCACAAUCGACUCGGAGACGAUUGCCGAAGUUGCCAAUGGGCGUUUGCACCCAAUCACUCAUGAUUUACUUGUUUCUAGGGAACAAAGUCUUAGUCUGCUCAAGAGCAACUCAGUUAUCCUUACCAAGUCUUUCCAACUGACAACGGCUGCUUCGGCUACUAGAAGCGUAUCCAUGACUUCAAAGCCAAGUCCUAGAACUAUUGACACAUUUUUCAAGAAAGAUCCCAAAAGAAUCAAAAUCCAAAGUUCUACUGCUUCCUCUUCAUUUUCCCUUUCUACAUCUUCAUCAAUGAGUAUUUCAUCCUCCAUCUCGGCGACAUCCUCCACAUUAACAACAACUACAUCGGCAGACUCGCUUGAUACGUACGCCUCUCCAACUAAACGGAAGCUCAAUCGAUUCAAUGCGGCCUCUCCUGUAAUAGGUGAGCGUAGCGUUUUCUUUUCCUCUCACGAUAUUUCAUCGUCCCCAGUCAAACAACCAGUUCCACAACAACAACCAAAGCAACCUCACAUUCAAUUUAGUGAUAACGUUUUGGAUGAUUUAACCGAUGAUGAAUGUGAGGAUGUUAAGCCGAGCGCAAUUUCGAGUAUGUCAUUGUCCGCUUCAAAACCUACAGUUCCAAGUUCUGACGAUCUUGAGAUAGAAGAGUCACCAGUUAAGACAACUCAAGCUCAAGUUAUGCAAUGGAGGGAGAAAUUCCAAUUCGAACAACCAAAAUCAAUCAACAAGGCGAGGCCAGCUUUAACAUUAAAAGAUGUUAAUACAAUGAGACCUUCGAAAGUGAAAUUACAAGCAGAAAAAGCUCCAGUAACUGCAAAGAUACCUGUGGUAUCUCUGGACAUCAAAACGUCAUCUACAGUAAAAUUAAACCUGUUUGCCUAUCAUCCAUAA